CCACUCCCGCCCGGCACCCCCCGAGCCUUCAGCCCCGGCCGCGCCAUGGUGUCCUGGAUCCUCAGCCGGGUGAUUGAGCUGCUCUUCGGGAUGCUCUACCCGGCCUACGCCUCCUACAAGGCGGUGAAGACGAAAAACAUCCGUGAAUACGUCCGAUGGAUGAUGUACUGGAUCGUCUUCGCUCUCUUCAUGACCGCAGAGACCUUCACCGACCUCCUCAUCUUCUGGCUCCCCUUCUACUACGAGGUGAAGAUGGCUUUUGUCAUCUGGCUGCUGUCCCCUUACACGCGGGGGGCCAGCCUGCUCUACCGCCGCUUCGUGCACCCUGCGCUGGCCCGCAGGGAGAAGGACAUCGACGCGUUCCUGGUGCGCGCCUGCGAGCGCAGCUACGAGACCGCGCUGAGCUUCGGCAAGAGGGGCCUCAACCUGGCGGCCACUGCUGCUGUCCAGGCAGCCACCAAGAGCCAGGGCGCGCUGGCCGGGCGGCUCCGCAGCUUCAGCAUGCACGACCUGCGCUCCCUGACCGAGCAGGCCCCCGUGCACUUCCAGGACCCGCUGUACCUGGAGGAGCAGGAGGGCCUCCAGCAGCCCCUGGGUGAGCAGCUGGGGCUCCGCUACGAGAGCGAGUCGGACGAGGAGGAGCUGUGGUCGGACUCGCAGGUGUCCCCCUCGGCGUCCCCACGCCGGGAUGCCAGGCCCCUGUCCCGCUGGCAGAGCCUGAGAAACCUGAGGAAGAACCCAGGAAAAGAGGGCUCCUGCCGCCCCCAGCGCAGGACCAGGAGGAGAGCGGCUCUGUCAGAGCAGGAGAGCUGA